AUGACGUAUUCCUCUUCGACACCGUUCAGUGAAUACCUGCAAGUGGAGCAGAGCAAAUAUCCGGAGCUCAAGUUAGACGACAUUCAGAAGUUAAAGGAGAGCUUAGAAGAUGACGAGAAUUUGCCACCUAUAUCGGACAAAAAAUAUUUGGCAUUUCUACACAGCUGUCAUUUUGAUAUAGAAUUAGCCAGAAAGACCAUUCAGAGAUGUUACAGGUUUCACUUUAGAAUUCCAAAAGUAUUUUGCGAAUUGGAUCCAUUAGAUGAUGAUAUAGAAUUGAGUUAUAAUUGCUUGAGUAUUGGUCAAAUGCCUACUGUUAACACGGACAAAAAUGAUCGAGUUCUAUUUAUGAUGUUUCAAGAUACUGACCAUGAAAUGUUUGAAUACUUACCACUUUUCAAAUACCUCACGAUGUGGAUGAACUAUACGCUUUUGAAGUACGGUACGUGUGACGGUAUGGUUAUCGUAGUAGAUACCAAGGGGUUGGGAUGGCGUCACAUCGCAAAAAUACCCAUUGGGAUUGCUGGUAAAAUGUUAAAAUUCUUGGAGGUUGGCCUACCAGUCCGUUUAAAAGCUGUACAUGUUUUAAAUGCCGGAUCCGCUACACAAAUGAUAAUGAAAAUGGUAACACGAUUCGCCAAUCAAGAAUUAUUAGAUAAGAUAACGCUCCAUCCAGUCGGUUCAGAUGAUAUUUUUAAUUACGUAUCGAGAAAUGAAUUGCCAGCAGAAGUAGGAGGAUCAUUAAAAUCUCAUACUUUCUUCAACGAUGAACUGUACAAUGACUUGAUCGAUAUUCGUGAUGAUUUUCUUGAGCAAAAUGAAAUAUUAAACAACCAAAUGAUGUAUGUGAAUCAACGACAUGAUGAAGAUGACGAAUAAACUAUACUAAUAUAAUAUUUUAAGAACAAUUUUUUGUAUGAAACACAUUUAAGUUACAUUUUAAAACAGUUUAAAAUACUAGGUAGGUAUAAGAAAACGCUAGUUUAUUGUUAUUAAGUGAAAUUGUUUUAUAUUUAAUUUUAGGUUGUGAUAAUUAUUUUUAGAUGACUGUGUUUUUAUUGAUAGGCAACCUAACAUAGUUUAAAGUGAAUUGGGUACACAAUUAGAAUAAUUUAGUUGAAGAGUUGUGUUUAUCAUAUUAUGAUUCUAUACUUGAUUACAAGUUACAAGUUUACUACGUCAUUGAUGAAUGACUUAUGUAAUAUUUUUAAAUUACCAUUUUAUUGCUCAAU